AACUAGCCGUUACAACAAAGCGGCCUCUCUCAACGGUCCAUUUCCAGCUUUCCACUCGAAGAUUCGAACGUUAUGCCCAAACUUUCUCACCUUAUAUACUCUCCUCUCCUCGUUUUUCUUCUACAACAAAGCCUCUUAUCUCUGUCAGAAACAAUCUCUUUUUCCAUCAAAUACGAUUCCAAGUUUCUCUUCAAUGGGUCUCUCAAUUGAGAAUUCUGCAACACAAUCUCACAGCCGCAUGCACAAAACCUUCCUCAUCAGCAACUACAUUCUCUUGGGAGCAGCCUCGAGUUGCAUCUUCCUUACCCUCUCCCUCCGCUUACUCCCAUCGCUGUGUGGCUUCUUCCUUAUUCUCCUCCACGUUAUCACCAUUGUCGGCGCCGUUGCAGGCUGCUCCGUCGCCACUUCCGGGUCCAACAAAUGCUACGCAGCCCACAUGGUUGCUAUGGUGCUAACAUCGAUAUUCCAGGGCUCUGUCUCAGUGCUAAUAUUGACCAGAACUUCUGAUUUCUUGGGGUAUUUGAAGUCUUACGUAAGGGAAGAAGAUGGGGUUGUUAUAUUGAAGUUGGCAGGUGGGUUGUGUGUGGCUGUCUUUUGCUUGGAAUGGGUGGUUUUGGGGCUUGCAUUUGUGUUAAGAUACUAUGCUUUUGUGGAAGGUCAUGGGGUUGGAAAUGGGCAAUCAUCGAAUCAGAGGAAUGGGAAAGGUCAAGAUGAGGAUUUGAAGAAUUGGCCAUGGCCUUUCCAAGUUUAAGAGACUUUUUUGAGUUUUGACAGCAAAAUUUUGCUUUUGUUUUUACAUUUAUUGUUGGGGAAUUCCAGUUCUUUGUAUUGCUUGUUUAUCAUCAGUUUGUGAUCAGAUUGAUUAUUCGUUAUAAAUUGUUGAUUUUGUUGGUAUUUUUUGC